AACAUAUGUAGCUGUUUGUUUAUUCUUUUCCGAGUAUCCAAAAAAUGGUGGCUGUCAAAGCUAUUCUUUUCUUUUCGAUAUUGCUCUUAAGUUUUGCUCUCUUGUCUCGUGCUGAUACAAGUAGUAUCACAGUCACGGUGAAAUCAGUGACCACCAUAGCUAAUACCGACAGCGACUUCAUUUGCGCAACUCUGGACUGGUGGCCAAAGGACAAGUGCGAUUAUGGACAGUGCCCAUGGGGGAUGACCGGCAUUCUCAAUCUGGAUCUAAACAACCCCAAUUUGGCAAAAGCAGUCAAGGCUUUUGAUCCGUUGAGGAUAAGAGUCGGAGGUUCGUUGGAAGAUCAGGUGGUGUACCAAGUUGGGCAUGCAAUCAAGAAGUUCCCCAGAUUUAAGAAGCGGAAGGAUGGACUGUUUGGGUUCAGCAGAGGGUCUCUUUCCAUGAAAAGAUGGGACCAGCUCAACAAGUUCUUCAGUGAAACCAAUACCAAAGUCAUUUUCGGGUUGAACGCCCUCUUCGGCAAGAAGAAUAAGGAGCCAACCACGAUCCUUUGGGUUGGAGAUUGGAACCCACAUAACGCUCGUGAUUUUAUGAACUACACUGCUCAAAUGGGAUACAAGAUCGAUUCCUACGAAUUCGGGAAUGAGCUGUGUGGUUCAGGGGUAUCUGCUAGGGUUGAAGCAGAGCAGUAUGCGAGAGAUACUAUCCAAGUGAGGAAAGCUGUGAAUGAAUUGUACCCAGAUCCCAGUUCCAGGCCCAAAGUGUUAGGGCCAGCGGGCUUCUUUGAUGAAGAAUGGUUCAAGAAGUACCUUCAGGCUGUUGGGCCCAAUGUUGUUGAUGGUGUCACCCACCAUAUCUACAAUCUCGGUGCAGGUGUUGAUCCAAACCUGAUACACAAGGUUCAGGACCCAUUCUUCCUAGAUGAAGUAGCACAGACAUUCAAGGAUGUUCAGGAUGUAGUGGACCGGUCCGGCACAGGGGCAGCUGCCUGGGUCGGCGAAUCCGGCGGCGCAUUCAACAGCGGCGGCAGAGAUGUCUCCCACACCUUCGCCAACGGAUUCUGGUUCCUGGAUCAGCUUGGAAUGGCCUCCACUUUCAGCCACAAGGCCUACUGCAGGCAAUCCCUCGUUGGCGGAAACUAUGGCCUCCUCAACAGCAACACAUUCACCCCGAACCCCGAUUACUACGGUGCACUUCUGUGGCAUCGAUUGAUGGGGACCGGAGUAUUGGCAACUACCCACGACGGUUCUCCAUACCUGAGAUCUUACACCCAUUGUACUAAGAACCAGACUGGGGUUACGUUGCUUCUCAUCAACAUGGACAACUCCACAACCUUCAAUGUCUGGGUUACCAAUGAUCUGAACAUCUACAACGAAAAAUCGGAAUCGAGCUCUCUGACAGAGGACCGAGAAGAGUAUCAUUUGACACCCCAAGGAGGGAACAUUCAGAGCGAUGUGGUCCUCCUCAACGGAACUCCAUUGAAGCUCACUGACUGUGGUGACAUUCCAAACCUCCCUCCUAAGUACGUCCCAGCUUCGUCUCCGGUUACUGUGGCUCCUUCCUCUUUCGUGUUCGUCAGGAUUAAGGAUUUCAAGGCCCCUGCCUGCCAAAACAGAUAGAACAGGACUAACCCUACUUAAUUGGGUCUUUCUUUACUCUGUGGGUUUGUUAGUUUUCUGCCUUUACAUUGAUUUCUUUCUUGUACUACUUUAGGUUCUUGGAAGAACCCUUCGGCCACGUUAGAAUUCAUUGUAAUUCAAUUCAUCAAUUGUUAGAUUCUAUUCUUUGAAGACCAACUAACUCUGCCAUAAAAAUAAAAAAAAAUCCUUAGCUUUCCGGAAAAGGAUACCAGGCUUUUGCCUCUUGUCGUUCAAAGGGUAUAACUUUCCGCAGAGAUGGCUGCAGAAAUGGGCAAGCUUGUCAAAGGAGGCAGAGAAAUGCUUUCCUUAAGAAUGAAGGUUUGUGUUAUUCAAAUGAAGGUAUGAUAAGCAUGCUCUAUAUGCCAGCAAGCAAUGUUGUCAGGCUUCACCUUCAAAAUACCACAGCCAUCUGAUCUGAGGGGCAAGUUUUCAGUUUAAAUCUAAGAGCACAUCUCUUCCAGAAAUGGACUACUUGAUCAGGCAAACCAAGGGAAGGGUUUCUGGACAAACAAAACCUGCAACAGGGGGAGAGGCCAGCAGUUCCACAGAAAGAAGAAUCCCACUACACAAGACCGAGUCCUACAAAGGUUUGUCUGUCCUCUGUAAUUUCAUUCAUGAAAAAGCUUGAAUCAUUAACAUAAAGCAAACAUUGGUGGCAAUGUACUCAAAAUCACCCUUAAAUUUGUAAAAAGGCUAUUCUUUUACAAUUUUAGACUACUAACCGAGUUAAACUCUACGUAAAAUCGUUUAGUAAAACUCAAUACUCAAAGCGGUCAAAUCGUAUAAAACAUACUUUUUGAAGCAUUUCUAUCCAUUUUCUUUCGAGGGCUAGCUAGAUGGUUGAAAAUUCAGCAAAAAAGGCGCCAUAUUGCAAUUGUAAAAUUCAAUAAUUCAUCCAAAACAUGACGACGAUGAUGUGGUGGUGAUGAAGAACAUUCGAAUGCAAAUGUCGAAAUUAAUGUAUUAAUCUAGUUUCAUUUCUAUUAUUUAAAAUAUUUUAUAUGCUUUGAUUUUGAGAAUCCAAUUAUUGAACUUACUGACUUUUUGGUCCGUGCUUCGUGGUGGUUUCUUUGAAUAAAAUUUCAUUCACUCAUUUAACGAUUUAAUUGAAAUAAAAUUAUUUACUAAAUAGUUCUUGUAAACACUUCCAUAACCUUUACUCAAUAUCUUGAUUAUUACGGAAGACUUACAUAAUAUCUUUGUUUGAUUGAAAACUAAGAAAUAAUUAUUCUUUCAAACUUCAUAAGUUUUUGUAUACUAGAACGGUGUUGUUUAAUCUUCCGUAAUAUGUAGUCUAAUUAAUAAUCAAGUCAAAUUUUAUUAAACCAUUAUGUGGGCUAGGGACAGGAGGGUACACGUAGUGGGCUCUGAGUUUGGUUAUGGGCCGAGUUGGGUUCAUGGGUUGGAUGUAUGACAUGACAGGCUUAGUGACGUGGCGGGUCGGGUUUGACCAUUUAAAGCACAAAAUAUGUUUGUUUAAUGGGAAACAAAAUAUGUUUGUUUAAUUGCUACAUAAGAGAAUAUUAUUCCUUCGUAAAGUUUAAGUAUUGUCUUAGUCAUGUUACUGAAGACUUAUUUUGUACGCUUUGUUUAAUUGACCCCCAGUAAGAUUUACGUAAUUGUUGUAGAAUGAUGUUACGCAAAUAUUCUGUAGUUUGUUUAUCUGUUGUAUUGGAGAAAAAUCACAUAAACAACUACCUUGUAU